GAGGAGGGAGAAGACAAGGACAAAACAAGAAACAACAUAGAAACGAUUUAUUGGAUCAUUUCUAAACGUUUAUUUCCAUUAUAGUGGGUGUUUGGCAUUCUGAGAAUGACGAGAACGACGUGAUUUCUUUCCUAUACAUGUUUCUGUUGGAGUUAGUGAAAUCUGUUUUCGAGUGCAUUGUGGAUAGGCUGAAUGUUGAGUGGGGCGUCAUAAGAAGGGACGAUUGAUUUACCAUCGUGUUUUACAUUGAUAUGCAAUUGUUAUAUAUCAGAGCAGCAUAGGACAUUGUAUAGAGAAGCUCUGAACAACUAGAAACUCUGGGUUGCUACGCAAAACAACGGAAUGUCGCGCUGUAAGCAGUGUCGGGAACUGAAAAUAUUCCCUUAGCUGUUCAAAGUAUUUUUUUCCGGAGACAUCGGUUUUGGACAGCAUGCUUGCACAAUAGGUUGAAAAGUGAAAUUUGGUAGGCUUUAAUACACAAGCAAAGAAGAGAUUGGGGCAUAUAUUAUUAUUAUACUGUCCAACACCGUUUGGAUAUGCAAAACCAACUUUGAGAAUGAAGAAAAGGAAAUGUGUGUUCCCGGUAGUGCACAUUGGUCUGUCUGUUUAGAAGGGAAUUUACGCAUUACAUCAACUUUAUUCAAUUUUUUGUCGUCAAUUUAUACAUGUUUUUGGUCAGAAACUCACGUCACUUAUCCAAAAGACUGAACUGGACAUAUUCUGACUAUUCUGCACUGAACAUAGUCUAUUUGAACAGAGCUGGACAUAUUGUGAGCUGGAGCAAAUAAUAGAAACUUAAUCGGAAAACUAAAGUGGAACAUUAUUUUACCGUAUUUAUAAAGUUAUCAGUUUCACUAUUACGUGGAGAAAUAAUACAACUAAUAACAUUUUCAUUAAGAUUUGGAUUUCAACACUGGUGGAAGUAUUGCUUCCAUUGCGCGCUGGAAGCAGCUGAAUUUUGCACACUGAGGCGGCUGUCGAAUUUGGUUGUGGAACUCUCCCCCCAAGCUGACAUGGAGGAGUGGAGGCAAUGCGGGCGGUGGUUGAUAGACUGCAAGGUUUUGCCCCCAAACCACCGGGUCGUGUGGCCUUCUGCAGCCGUGUUCGACUUGGCACAGGCGCUACGAGACGGAGUGCUCUUGUGCCAGAUGUUGCACAACCUGUCACCGGGGUCUGUGGACCUAAAGGAGAUCAACUUCAGACCCCAGAUGUCCCAGUUUCUCUGUCUGAAGAACAUCCGGACGUUCCUCAAGGUGUGCCACGACAAGUUUGGCCUGCGUAACAGUGAGCUGUUUGACCCAUUUGACCUGUUCGAUGUCAGGGAUUUCGGCAAGGUGAUCUCAGCCCUGUCCAGGAUCUCCCAUCACAGCAUUGUGCAGAUCAAAGGCAUGAGGCCUUUUCCUUCGGAGGACACUGGUCUGAAUGAGGAUGACGUGUACCGGAGUCUUGAGGAGCUGGCAGAUGAGCAUGACGUGGGGGAGGAUGACAUCUACGACUGUGUUCCCUGUGAGGACGAUGGAGAUGACAUCUACGAGGACAUCAUCAAGGUGGAAGUACGACAACCCAUGAUCAGAUACAUGCAGAAAAUGGGCAUGACAGAAGACGACAAGAGAAACUGCUGCUUAGUGGAGAUCCAGGAGACUGAGGCCAAGUACUACAAGACGCUGGAGGACAUUGAGAAGAAUUAUAUGAUUCCCCUGAAGCAAGUUCUAAGUCCACAAGACAUGGGGGCCAUCUUUGUAAAUCUGGAGGAUGUGAUUAAGGUCCACUCUGCUCUGCUGAGGGCCAUCGACCUCAACAUGGUGAGCGGAGGCAACGGUCUGGGGAAGAUCUUCAUAGACUUCAAGGAAAGGUUGCUGAUCUACGGCCAGUACUGCAGCCACAUGGAGACCGCUCAGAAGACACUGGAUGAGCUCAUCACCACUCGGGAGGAUGUCAAGAUGAAAGUAGAGGAGUGCACUAUGAAGGUGCAGGAAGGGAAGUUCAAGCUCCAGGACCUGUUGGUAGUGCCCAUGCAGAGAGUACUAAAGUACCAUCUCCUACUCAAGGAGCUGGUGAGUCAUUCAACUGACCGACCUGAUAGACAGCAGCUGAAGGAGGCGUUGGAGGCCAUGCAGGACUUGGCUAUGUACAUCAAUGAAGUGAAGAGAGACAACGAGACCUUGAAGAAGAUUAGUGAAUUCCAGAACUCCAUCGAGAACCUUCAGCAGGUCAAACUGGAGGAGUAUGGCAGACCAAAGAUAGAUGGAGAGCUCAAGGUGUCCUCCAUAGUCAACCGAACAAAACAGGACCGGUACAUAUUCCUGUUUGAUAAAGUGGUCAUCGUGUGCAAGCGGAAAGGCUACAGCUAUGAACUGAAAGAGAUCAUUGAGCUGCAGUCAUACAAAAUGUCUGACGACCCCAUGAACAACAGGGACGUGAAGAAGUCCAGUGGAAAAAUGUGGUCCUAUGGCUUCUACCUGAUCCACCUGCAAGGCAAGCAGGGCUUUCAGUUCUUCUGUAAAACAGAGGACACCAAGAGGAAAUGGAUGGAGCAGUUUGAGAUGGCCAUGUCAAACAGCAAGCCGGAGAAAGCCACGGCCAAUCAGCACAACUUCCAGAUGCACACGUUUGAGAAGAACACCAACUGCCGAGCCUGCAAGAUGCUGCUGAGGGGGAUUUUCUACCAGGGGUACUACUGUUCCCGCUGUGGGACUGGAGCUCAUAAAGAGUGUCUAGAGUGCAUCACCAUCUGCAAAAUCAAUCCACUCGACACGGACCCUGGACUACCGUCAUCAGGCCCUAAGAUGGUGGCAGUAAGGAACUAUCAUGGGACCCCUGUUCCUCCGGGGAAGACUCCACUCUCCUUUCAGACAGGGGACUUCAUCGAGCUGCUGAAGGGGGAACCUGACACCACCUGGUGGGAGGGAAAGCUUAUCCAAACCCAGAAGAGUGGCUUCUUUCCUAACAACUGUGUAAAGCCUUGUUUGGACCCCAAGCCUUUGUUCCAGUCCUUCCCCAGCCGGCAGCCCUCAAGGGAAACAGACUACUAUGGAUACCCCUGGUUUGCUGGCAACAUGGAGCGGACACAGGCUGACAACCUGUUGAAGUCCCACAGCAGUGGAACAUACCUGAUCAGAGAGAGGACUGCUGAGGCAGAGAGGUUCGCCAUCAGCAUCAAGUUCAAUGAUGAAGUGAAGCACAUUAAAGUCAUUGAGAAAGACAGCUGGAUCCACAUCACUGAGGCUAAGAAGUUUGAGAGUCUACUGGAGUUGGUGGAGUACUAUCAGUCUCAUUCGCUUAAGGAGAGUUUCAAGCUGCUAGACACAACAUUACGAUAUCCCUACAAAUCUAAAGAACGGGGGCCGGCGUCGCGGGCCAGCACCCGCUCUCCAGGUGAGCCCAUCCCUGCAGCCAUUGGCGCUUCCUACAACUUCUCCUUCCUCAGUCCUCAGGGUCUAAACUUCUCCUCUCAGAGCUCAGCCCCCUUCUGGUCAGUAUUCACGCCGAGGGUGGUCAGCACAGCGGUGGCCAGAUACAACUUUGCAGCACGGGAUAUGAGAGAGCUGUCUCUCAGAGAAGGGGACAUCGUCAAGAUCUACAGCAAGAUUGGAGGAGACCAGGGGUGGUGGAAGGGAGAGGCCAAUGGCAGGAUUGGAUGGUUUCCCUCAACGUACGUUGACGAAGAAGGAGUUCAGUGAGGCUCUGAUGUCACCACGGCCCCAGUCCAAUCACAUCACACCUCGCUCCACAGUCCUCAGAGAGGACUAGUUGGUUUCCAGGGAAACACUAUGUGGAAUACUUUUUGCUGGAGACUGAUUUUGCAGUGAACAACGUUUCUACUCCGGUUUUCUUCCUACUUGUAUGCAUCGGCUUUGCUUAUGUUGUUUUUUGUAAGAUCUUGUCCUGUUUGAUCUCUGUGAGGAAGUCUGUCUGCCUCUUGUUGUUCUGAAGAGGCUGACAUGGACUGUGAAAAAUUGUAGAGAGGCCCAACAUACAGUACAUACAGAUACUGGGAACCUAUAGUUUUAUUACAUAGAUAGACUCCUCCUUUGUUGCAGGUCUAUGGGAGGGGCUAAUAUAAUGUAUAGAUAAUUUAUUUAACAGAGAUCCUAACAAUUAUUGUGUGUUGUUGAGAUUAGCAACACAGCAGACAAAAAGAAAAAGAACAAGACACAGGUUUGUGUCUUUUUGCUGGAAGAUUUUGCCUUAGUUGUCAUGGCGAUGCCUUGAAGGCUUACAGGAGAGAUGGAAGGAGAAAUGGCCUUGCACACACACACACUCACACUUGCCCUUGCCUUUGAAGUGUGGUCAAUGCUCACAGGAUUCGCCAGUCAUGGUCCAUGGACUAUCUGCAGCUUACAGUUGAGCUCUACCCAUCUAUCCUCUACUGCAGAGUGGACUAUGGAUGGAGAAGAAGAGAGAAGGGGGCGAUGGAACAUUUGGGAUUGCUCCAGUCAUCAACACUCUAUGUGAAUGGUGCAAGAAGGGAGUUAGUUCAUUAAUUCGUCCCCCUUGCCGACUGAAGAUAGACAGUGGCACUCAGAAACAUUGCACUGGAGUCGGGGUAUUAACUGUUCCUGUCGCAGCCCAAAAACACAGCGACCCACUGAAAGMUGUAAUGUUAGGUAGAAUGGGUGUACAGAUAGAAUGUUCACAUCAGUCUCAGCACUUUACGUCUAUGGGAUCUCCUCACAAUCAACAGGAUGCAAAAAGGGAAACGUUAAGUCAGUCCAACAGCCACUUAAUGCACUGAAAAUCUAUCUUGGUGUUCAAUGUUUUUGUUGUUUUAUUUGAACAAGACCAAAUUUACUUGCUGAAAACUGGACCAACCUGAAUUAUUUUAAAGCCAAAUGCAACCUCUUUUUAUUAAUGUCCGCAUGAACUUUAACCUAGAUAUUUGUAUUAUCAGUUUGUUUGUACCUUGCCUUAUUUUACAAAUGGACACAUGGUACAGGGACUUCAGCAAGUUUACAAUUUAAAUCAACUUUUGUUGCUUUGGUGACUGGCGAAGUAAUAUGGCAGCUCCAUGAAUUACGCAGAAUCAAAAAGUCAACAUCAUACUAUGAUGAUCUACCUGAACAUAAUAUGAAGGUGUCACAAUAUGGACAUAUGGUAUGCAGUCAUACAUUUUCUAGCUCCAAGGGAAAACAGUGCAGCCACACUGGAUCAUUGACUGAAUGACCACAUCCAUUUAAUUAGAAGAUAGAGAUACAGAUGGCUGCCAUAUUCCCUGGUCCCAUCCCAGAUCAGUUGCCAAGUAGGCUACCCACAAUAAUCUACUGACCAGAAGGAUUCAAACAGUGAUGUUGGCUGACAAACUAAGACUGAUGUGGUGGAAGAGGAAAGAGUACUGUAAGUUUCUGACCAUAUGUGACAGUGUGUAUUCCAAAGGCCCACUACUCCCAAAUACAACUCCUGCCAUCUAGGAUUGAAGGAGUUCAUUUUGAGGGGAGUACUUGUUAGCUAAGGGGGGGGGGGGGGGGGAUUACUUAGUCGCUGUUUGUGUAGUGGAGAAAACCCAUUGCAUGUGGUAAUAGAUAUUUCGACUCCUGUCAGUACAUCCUCAAAAAAUUACUUAAUCGUGUACAUUUUUUUGAACGGUCGAGUAUUUCCAAAAUGAGGUCUAUCAUGAAAUAAAUAUUUCUCUUUUUGCCUAAA